AUGAGUGCUGAGUCGAACGAGCUACUCGAGGCCUUCAAAGCCGCCGCCCUGUCGGUAACGAAGCUGUACAAGACAUCUGCUUCCGCCCUUGCAAAGUCGCGUGCGGAUGGGUAUCAGGACUGUCUUGAUGACCUCCUCUCCUUUCUGGACAGAGAGAAUAUUGGCGCAGUGAAUGGCGAAGGGCAGAGGAUUCGCAGAUGGGUCACUGAGCGGUUAGAGGGGCGGGAGAUGACAUCCCCGCCGCUCGAGAGCGACGACGAAGCAGAGAAGACCGAAGCAACUGCAUCAUCACCGCAGAUUCCACGCUCUGUCCCAGCAGUAACACCACAGCCAAGCGACAAGGGCGAGAUUCAGAUGAGGGACUCCGCACCGCCUGUUCUCACGACGGUUACGUGCCCUUCGACCCCGGUAGUGGAGGAAGUAGACAUCAUUGUUCCCUCGCAAGAAACUUUCACCUUUCAAUCAUCACAUCCUUAUCCACAAGACGCCGCCAUGCGGCUGGCAAAUCUCGACCUCUCCGAUUCGCAACCACAUGGUGCCUCGAACCGCUCAGCGCCGCGGAACGGGAGGAGCAGAAGUGCGAGGACAGGAGGGCCUAGGACAUCGCUUGGACGAGGGGCCGGGCAGAAGAGAAAGGUCAACCUGGCUGAGAUCUUUGACCUAGGCAGUCUCGGGAACGGCAAGGACGUGUUUGGUGGUGGCAAGCGAAGCCGGCACGUAUGA